GUCCGCGCCCCGCCCGCCGCCGCUGGAGAGGAGGAGCUGCUGCCAUCACUGCUGCCGCGGGCGCAGAUAAAGAAGCUGAGGCACAGAGUCUAAAUUAACCUGUCCAAGUCCAGACAGUUGGCAGACUAAGUGGGACCGGAGACACCCAAGACUUCACGCCAGCAUCCCUUUACCUUGCAAAGGAGUGGCCGGCCACCACACACCAUGUCCUACGUUUUUGUGAAUGAUUCUUCACAGACUAACGUGCCCUUGCUUCAAGCUUGCAUCGAUGGGGACUUCACCUAUUCCAAGAGGCUUUUGGAGAGUGGCUUUGAUCCAAAUAUCCGAGACAGCAGAGGCAGAACGGGCCUUCACCUCGCCGCGGCCCGAGGGAACGUGGACAUCUGCCAGCUGCUGCACAAGUUUGGAGCUGAUCCACUGGCCACGGAUUAUCAGGGGAACACGGCCCUCCACCUGUGUGGCCAUGUGGACACCAUCCAGUUCUUAGUUUCCAACGGACUCAAAAUUGAUAUUUGCAAUCAUCAAGGUGCUACCCCCUUAGUUCUGGCAAAGCGCCGGGGCGUGAAUAAAGAUGUUAUCCGACUGCUGGAGUCUUUGGAAGAACAGGAAGUAAAAGGAUUUAACAGAGGCGCGCACUCGAAGCUGGAGACCAUGCAGACGGCAGAGAGCGAAAGUGCCAUGGAAAGCCAUUCUCUGCUCAACCCCAACCUCCAGCAAGGCGAAGGUGUCCUGUCCAGCUUCCGGACCACGUGGCAGGAGUUUGUGGAGGACCUGGGUUUCUGGAGGGUCUUGCUGUUGAUCUUGGUCAUUGCUUUGCUGUCUCUGGGCAUUGCCUACUACGUGAGUGGGGUGUUGCCCUUUGUGGAUAACCAGCCUGAGCUGGUGCAUUGAGGGCUUUCAGAGAUAGGCAAGGGGCCGGUCAGUAUAGCUUUUCAGUUCUUAGACUAUUUCUUAGGCGAGGCAGUGAGGCCUGUCUGUGUUUAGGAUUUGUAUUGACCGUGAUCCUUACAGAGGAGUGAUGUGCCCUACUGAACUUUGUCCUGUCGUUGGUUGCACUCAUCCUCAGCUACCCUCUGAUGCAGCCUGUGGCUGAGGAAGGCAUCUCCAGGCUUGUGUGAUCCAAGUGCGGUGAUGACCAGGUGGACACUCAAGGCAGAGGCUCGGGAGGUCUCACAGUGGGGUCCGGACCCUGAUGGAGAAGCAGUGACACAGUGGAGUCCCGACCCUGAUGGAGGAGCAGGGACCAGAAAGCAGAAUGCUUUUCUAGGAUUCCAUUUGCCAGUGGCUUUGUUUUCUCUCAUUUGUUCCUUUUGCAAUAGUUGCAUUCUGUUUUUAUUUACUUUCCUGGCAAGAGGAGGGAGCGAAAACUUUCAACUUGAAUUUUAAUUACUUUUACAAUCUAUACGACAAAGUAGAACUGUUAGGAAUUUUGACUUUAAAAGUAUGUAGUCAGACAGUAGACAGGGUUAGAAAGCUAACCGUCUUCUCUCUGACGUGAUGGACCUGAUCGGGGUUUAGUUGCCACGGAGCGAUUUUGAUUCAGUCUAAACUGAUUGUUUGCACUGUCUGAAAACCAACUUUUUAUGAGUUCAGCUCACUCUUCAAUCUCCUCCCAUUUUUACUUUUGAGAUGUCCCAUUUAG